AUGGCGGAGGGCUUGGCUCCCUGGGUUGGGCUCUCCUGGGCACAAGAGCUGGAGGGCCCUGGCAGAAGGUCGUCCCGGCCACUGGACCAGGAGAACCCAGAAGUGGUGCAUGGCUGCGUGUGUGUGGAUCAGACAGUGCGAAAAUGGGCACUGUUGGAGAGAAGUGGGUGCAGGAGGGUUGCCAAAGGUGCACUGUCUUCCUUCCCUUACACGUCCCACCCCCUCGGAAACAAAGAGGUCCCUGGAUCUGUGGCUGGCUCUUGUGUUCCUGCCGCAGGCCACAGAGCUUCCUCAGAGGAGCCGCCGCAGGAGACCUCCAAGAGCCCCCUACCAGACCUCUGGCUGCAGCUGACUGAGCUGGACAGCAGCUCUGAGAGUGACGGAGGCAGCCCCUUGGAGGAGGACGAGCCGGGCUGGGAGGAGCCCCCGGAGUCUCCGCUCAUCCAGGUGAUGUUGCACCUGCUCUCCUUCCUGGAGCGCUACACCCAGAUGCAGCAGCUUCAGGAGAAGGCCGGCGAAUACCGCUCACGUUUGCGCCAGGAGGAGAGCCAGUGGCGCCGGCAGCUACGUGGUCUGAAGAGGGCCUACCAGCAGCGGGUGAGGGACAAGCUCAGUGUGAUUGAGAGCCUGGAGGCCGUCAUCUUGGAGCAGCAGGGCCUUCUGGAGAAGAUGCAAGGAGGCACGAAGCUGCCACCAUCCACUGGCCUGCUCUGUCCCGUGGCCCCCGGGGGGCUGCACCAGCUGGUGGAGACCGUCAGUGCCCUCCAGGGGGAGAGGAGUCGCCUGGCAGAGGAGGUGGUGGGUCUCCAGCAGCGAAUGGAAGAACGAGAGAGGGAGAAGCAGCAGCUGGCCAGGAGCUUCCAUCUUCAGAUCGAGGGCCUGAAGCAGCAGAUCCAAGCGCGGGAGGAAGAACGGGAGCAGCUUCGCCUGGGCACGGGCGUGACCGACUCGGAGAAGCGGAUCUACAACCUCACCGUGGAAAACGAGGGUCUGAAGCAGGGCCUGCGCCUCUCCCAGGGGCUUCUGCAGCAGGCGGCUGCCGUGUCCACCCAGCCCUCUGCUCUUGUGGUCAAGGAAAACGAGGCCCUUCGCAGCAAAGUGCUGCAGCUGGAGGCCAGCCUGCAACAGAAGGUGGAGGAGCUGGUGCGCAUGGAGGCGCGCAUGGACCAGCUCCAGUGGCGCAAGGAGGAAGAGGUGCGCCAGCUUGACAGGCAGCUGUGUGGGCUCCAGCUCUCUCUGGAGGCACAAAAGAACCGCCCCUCCGAGAUCCAGUACAUCACCAAGGUGGUGGAGGCUGAUUCUCCACAGACAUUGCAAGCUUUGGCCAAAGCGGAAGAGCAGAACAGGGUCCUGAUGCAGCAGCUCUCCUGCCAGGCGCAGCGGUGCCAACGGCUAGCAGAGCAGCUUCAGGGCUCUGAGGGGGCUGCGGUUGCCCUCCGGCACAAGAUCUCUGCCUAUGAGAAGGAGGUCUCGGGGCUGCGCCAGGAACUGCUGCACGAGAUCGGUCUGUUGGAGGCGCAGAAGGAGGAGGCUGUCCAGGAGGCCUCCCGGUGCUCCGAGCAGCAGGCCCAGCCCCUGCGCGAGCAGCUGGCAGGAAUGAAGCAGCACCUGGACACCCUCCACCCCCUCCUCCGGGGCCUGCAGUCGGACCUCAGGAGCCUCCGGGGAGAGAUGGGGAGUUUUGCCAGCUGCUAUGAAGCCGCAAUCGAGGAGGCCAAGCUGCAGAUGUGCUCCGUGAUCAAGGAAGUGGCGAAUACCAGCCAUUCUCUGCAGGAGCGCUACCAGCGGGAGGUGCAUCUUCGCAAGAAAUACCACGACCAGCUGCUGGAGCUGAAAGGCAACAUCCGGGUCCUGUGUCGCCUGAAGCCGCUGACCGAGGAUGAGCAGCAGGGGGGCCCAGGGGGGGCCUGGGUGGAAGCCAGCCCGGCCGAGGACGGGUGCGUGACCGCUUGCUACAAGGGGAAGGAGCACUCCUUCAGGCUGGACAAGGUCUUCCUGCCGUGCGCCACGCAGGAGGAGGUCUUCCUGGAGAUUGAGCCGGUGGUGGUGUCUUGCCUGUACGGCUACAACGUUUGCAUCUUCGCCUACGGACAGACGGGCUCAGGCAAGACCUACACCAUGGAGGGGCUCCCGGGUAACCCGGGGAUAAACCAGCGGGCCCUGCAAGCCCUCUACCAGGAGAUGGAGGCCAAGGAGGAGGAGGCGUGGAAGUACUCGGUCAGCCUCACCAUGGUAGAGAUCUACAAUGAAGUGAUCAGAGACCUACUGACCAAGGAUCCCCAGGAGAAACUGGACAUCAAGCUGCACCCUGACGGGAGUGGCCAGCUGCACGUCCCAGGCCUCACCAGCGUGGAGGUGCAGAGCCUCUGCGAGGUCCAGAAGAUUCUCCUACUGGGAAAGCGGAACCGCACGACCUUCUCGACUAACAUGAAUGCGCACAGCUCCCGCUCUCAUGCUCUUCUCACGCUCACGCUCACCGGCACUGACCUGACCAGCGGCACCAAGUGUCCUUCCAGGCAAGCUGAAUCUGGUGGACCUGGCCGGCUCAGAACGGGUGUGGAAAUCUGGCGCGCAGGGGGAGCGUCUGAAGGAAGCCCAGAGCAUCAACCGGUCCCUGCUGGCCCUGGGCGAGGUGAUCCAGGCCCUCCAGACCAAGCAGGCACACGUGCCUUUCCGCAACUCCAAGCUCACCUACCUGUUGCAGGACUCCUUGGGCAAGGGCAGCAAGACGGUCAUGAUGGUGCAGAUUUCCCCCCUAGAGAGAAACGUGGGCGAAUCCAUCUGCUCUCUCAAGUUUGCCCAGCGCGUCUGCAAGGUGGAACUGGGCCCAGCCUCCCGCCGCAUCACCUCCCUGGCCCAGCGUGA